UUAAGAGAGUAUAACAGAAUUUCAUUAUCUUCUUCGUUUCUCUCUCGAAUCCUUCUACAACUAUCAUGGUAUCAGAGCGUUGAGUCAGAAAACUCAACAAUUUCGAUCAAAAUUCUAUGGAUCUUCGAGGUUUUUCUUCGCAAAUCUCAUCGAUUCUCUCGUUUUCACUUUCUUCUCCGAUCAAUUCUUCAUAAAUUCAGCUGAAAGAUCUUGCGAUGGUUUCCGUUGAGAAAUUGCGGCGUCGUACUAGAAGAUCUACUAAAAAUCCAGCUGAGAAGACUCCAGAUCGUGUUCAUUCUUCACCGAUUCCACCGAUUUCACCUCUGAUUCAACCAAAUUUCGUAUCAAGACCUCCGAUUCAUCCUUUACCACAGUUUGACUUCACGGAUGCUCAUUAUUCGCCAUUUGCUCUGUCAAACAGUGAUAGUCCUGGUAAUACUCUAGUCUCUGAGGUACUUGAUGGAUCUAAUUUCUCGUCUUGGAAGAUUGCGAUGUUUGUUGCUUUGGAUGCUAAAAACAAGAUUGCGUUUGUUGAUGGUACUUUACCAAGACCUCCUGAAUUCGAUCCUAGCUUUCGUGUAUGGUCUCGAUGUAACAGUAUGGUUAAAUCUUGGAUAUUGAAUUCUGUCACCAAACAAAUUUACAAGAGUAUACUGCGUUUUAAUGAUGCUGCAGAAAUUUGGAAAGAUUUGAUUACAAGGUUUCAUAUUACGAAUCUGCCUAGAUCUUAUCAUUUGACUCAGCAGAUUUGGGGAUUACAACAAGACUGCAAAUGUUGUGUAGCUACUGCGUCUAAGGCUGAUCAUGCCAAGAUUGUGAAGUUUCUUGCAGGGUUGAAUGAAUCUUAUGCGACUAUACGUAGUCAAAUUAUCAUGAAGAAAACAAUUCCUGAUUUAGCAGAAAUUUACAACCUCUUGGAUCAAGAUCAUAGCCAAAGGAGUAUGGUUACUGUUACUAAUGCAUCUGCAUUUCAAGUUGCAGCUUCUUCUAAUGAACAGUUUGCUGUGAAUGUUACCCGUUCUUACCCUCCUAAAGCACCUAAAGUGACGUGUUCUCACUGUGGUUACACUGGACAUACGACAGAUACUUGCUACAAAAUUCAUGGUUAUCCAUUGGGAUUUAAACACAAGCAGAAGAAUGUUGUACCACCAGAGAAAUCAAAGCCUGUUGUUGCUAAUCUCGCUUUGACUGAUGGGAAAACAAUGAAUACUAAAGGGAUUGGACCAGAUGGUAUUGCUGAAUUGGUAGGAAACAUGUCAAAGACUCAAAUACAAGAUGUGAUUGCCUAUUUCAGUACUCAGCUACAUAAUCCUGCACAACCAAUUACUAUUGCCUCUGUUGCAAGCACUAGUGAUAAUGAUGGUUCUGCUUUUAAUGAUAGUGGUGCUACUCAUCAUGUUUCUUUUGACAGAAAUUUGUUUGAAAGCCUAUCUGAUGAUUUGAGUAGUGAAGUAACACUACCUACUGGUUCUAAUGUCAAGAUAGCAGGAGAUCCUAUCAAGGAGCAGAAGAUUGGUGAAGGGAAACAGAUUGGAGGCUUAUAUGUCUUGAGUACUAGUCCUGCUGAAUGUUCUAGUUUAGAUAACAACUCCUCUGUUUCAGUAAAUGCUCAUUGCAAUGCUAUUGUUGAUAAUGCCCUUUGGCAUAGUAGAUUAGGACAUCCCUCAUUUGAGAAGAUUGAUGUUCUACACAAUGUACUUGGUUUGAGAAAAGGAAAUAAAAAUGAGAUUGUUCAUUGUGCAGUUUGUCAACAAGCAAAGCAAAAGCGUCUUACUUUUCCUUCUAAGAAUAACAUGGCUGAACAUGCUUUUGAUUUGGUCCAUAUAGACACUUGGGGACCGUUUGCAACACCAACUGUUGAAGGUUUCAGAUACUUCUUGACUAUUGUGGAUGAUUAUAGUCGGGCAACAUGGGUGUACUUGAUGAAGGCUAAGAAUGAAGUUUUAACUUUGUUUCCUGGUUUUCUUGCAAUGGUGGAGACUCAGUAUCAGACUCCUGUGAAAGCAGUAAGAUCAGACAAUGCUCCUGAGUUGAAAUUUGAAUCAUUGUACAGAGAAAAGGGGAUUGUUUCAUAUCAUUCAUGUCCUGAGACACCUCAACAGAAUUCGUUUUUCUGAUAAAUCGUUUGCCAAGUGUUCUUCUCUUGAACAAAUCUCCUUUUGAGCU